GUGUUACAAAACUAAACUGUGUAAUUUUGAGACCUUAAACUCCCUCAUUUCCUUGCUGCCUGUUUAAUAUAAGAAAUAUAUUUUAGAAGAAAUGAAUCCUGUCAAAGUGACUGACUGUGGUGGCAGGAAUUCUAUGAGAGGCUAUCGAUGAGACUGACACAAAUAAGCAUUUUCUCUCUGUUAUUUUUUUCUUUGAAUAAGUGUUUUUAUCCAGGCUGCAUUUGCUGGGUCAGCAAACCACCCUAGUCAGUAUUUCACUGAAGAUGAGGAAUCUCUGUUAGUAUUGUUUCUUCAGGUUUAUCUUUAUCUUUGAAAGGAAUCAACCUACUUCUCCUUUUAUUAUCACUGUUGGGAUCUUUACAGAAUGAAACAAGUUAGACAUGUCUAUGAUGCUAAGAAGCCAAGCUCACCAAAAAAGCUGCAGUAUGCACUGUUCAUUCAAGCUAACCCUCUUUGCCCUGGUGUUUAGUAAUUUUUCACAUUUUUUCCUAAGAUGUCUUUCUUCCUUCUCUAAAAUAUCUGAGCCAAUUCUAAGGCUAAGAGGGAGGAGAUAUGCUGCUUUUGUGCAGUAUCUGAGAAUAAUCAGAAAUCCUUGCUGCUGAUAGGUCCUGAUGUAGUGCUUUUUCAGGCUCAUUAGGUAUCUUAUCUUUGACUUAUGUAGAUAGAGACAAGCUGAGCAGCUGGGCCUUCAUUUGUCAGAAAUGCUAGGACAUGCAAGCCUCAGCUUGGGUCAAAAGGGAUGGGAGGUGCUAUUCUGCGCUUUGAGAGACAAGAAGAAAUCCUAUCAGUUAUUUUAUCUAGUACAGUGAUCAUUUGUCUUUUGGGUGUUAUUUUUAAGCAGCUGGCAGGAUAAUCUUGUCCUGUUAUUGUAAUCUCAGCAGUGAGAGCCCUGCUUGCUGUCACUUGGUUGCUCUCUUCCCCCUCUAUGUUGUAUCAGAAACCUAUUUUUCUGAAGUGUAGAUCUGAAUUCUUGAAUGUUAACAUUCUUGCUUACAAAAGAAGGAUUGUCAUGGAUAGAAAGGGGAAUGUUAGAGGUGCUGUCAGUCCUGGUGUUGUCCGUCCUUUCUUGAUCAUUUAAAUAUUAGCAAAACUAGGAUUCCCAGCGUUUCUCUCUCUCUCAGGUAAAUGCUUGUGGUUUUUCUGAAGUGAAGAAAACAGGCUUUAACUGAUAGUUGAUUUGAAGCAUUUACUUAAAAUAAUGGCCAUUUUUAAGGUUUUCUUCCCCUCCUGUGAAAAGAUUUCUUUAUCAGAAGGGAUUUCAGUAAGAGGGAAAAGCAGAUUUCUACAGAAAGAAGGCUAGCUCUUUCUGGAGUCUGGGAUGGUGGAUCUGCAUGUAGCUGUCUUACUUAGUAACUGUGUGCCACGCUCAAGGUAAGUGAGUAUAAAGAGUUCUUGGACUGCCAGGUCAGGUGGUCUUAAUGGCGUUGGAGGACUGCAGAACAGAGUAGGCACUGGCAAUGGAGUAGCUCUGUGCAAGAGAGAUGAUUAAGCACACUGUGAGAUGGAUCUUGACCCAGGGUUUGCAGUACAGGCCCUUAAUCCUGUGAUAUAACACACUGGCAGAUUCUCUCAUCUUACCCAGAGCUUGUCUGCAUUCAGAGAAGCCUCUAUUCAUGAUAACACACAUAUACAUGAGUGCAGGCACCCUCACUCAAAAGAGUGAAGAGCACUCCAACUCUGGAAGAAAGUGGUGGUGAGAUCAAAGACAGAUUUGUGUCCCUCGGCAUCUUGUGGUCUGACCAUGGGAGAUGUUUACUGAUAUUGGUUCAGUGUUCGAGGGAUAAAGCAGACAUGUAUAGUGAGAUGGAGAGACAUUUAAAAAGAAAAAGUAUGUAUGUAUGUGCAUGUGGGGGAAAUGGCUCCCAUCUCUAACACUGUUGUAUUGUCCCCCAUACCUGAGGUGAGCAAGUUGCAUUUGUCCUUCAGACAUGUCCCAUGACCUUACUGCUAGGGAUUUAGAAAAUGAUGGGGUUUUUUGUUUUUUCUAAGACUGUUUGUCUUCCUGUCAACACUGAAGAGCCACUAGGAAAACAGCUCUAGCAGAAAGCUGCACAAAGCAGUGAAGUGAUUAGUCUAGAUAGUAGCCUCUUACUUAUUUUUCCCUGAAGUGAUGUUCUCCCUCCACCUCAUUAAAAUAGCUCAGAGGAGAGGCUGGCUGGCGAGACUGUAAAGAUGGUAUUUAUUAUUGUGGCUGUGAAGACAGUGCCCACUGGUAUUGAAGAGAGACUGCUAAAAAUAGGAGAAGUAGUCAAUUCCAUUCACAUUUUAAAUAAUGAUUAAAAAAAAGCUAUAGAGAGCAGACCCAAAAGACUGUUGUUUGAAGAGGAGAGUUCCCUUAUGAAACGAAUAUGUUGCAGGUACUAAUGAUAGCAGAGCCUUGUGGUGAAGGACCCAAGAGGCCCUUCUAAUCUGAUGUCAUGUCAGGAGUGAUGCCCGAGAGUCUAAUUUCCCUUUGGAUUGUGUGCUGGUUAGGUGGUCCUUUCCUCAUGGAAGGUCUGUUGCAAGUUUUCUUGCUACAGUGAUAGUGGAUGUCCCUUCUACCCUCACCAGAAGAGUUCUUAACUGUGAGGGUCUGAGAUUAUUUUUUAACUUUUUUUUCUGUUCUUUGUCAGCUAUGGUUGGCACCAAGUUGUGUAUCACCUUGUAGCCUCUCUCUUACUGUGUUCUGUCAAUUCUGUGAUUCAAGGUGAUGAUUUCUGAAAAGCUAUUUCCCGUUCAUUAGCAUUGUGUGCACUCAGCUAGCACCUGCUAUUUCAAGAGAAAAUCUGAAAUGUCAGCACCUUGUCAUCAUUUUAUCUCAGGCUGAUUGCCCGUCUCUCUUUGUGUACGUUUCCUGCUUGAUUUGAUUGUCUGUCUCAACAGAUAGAGGAUAACGUAUUCUUUUGAAUCACCUUUUUCAUUUCCUCUGGGAUAGUCAAAGUUUUGUCUUAUAGACCUCUUUAUAUAGCAUGAAAUCAUCAAAGUUUGUGUUAACUGCAGACUCUGUUCUUGUGACACUAUUCCUGCCCUAUAUUUCAAAACUACAACUUUCACACCUGUAAAGUGAAACCUUUGUUCUAGUUAGUUAGAUGUAUUGCAGUUGAGGAAUACUUAUGGCCUGAAUGGAUAUUCUGUAGCUAGAAGUCCAUAUAGGUAUGUGGAUGUGACAGUAAUAGCAUAUGCAAAAUUACAGUUAACAAGCACCUCUCUGCCUGAUACUAAACCUGUACAGAAACCAGUGGCUACUGAAAAAAAAAUCUGACGGAGAUACUGUGUUUGAUUUCUCUCUCCCCUCCCCACCAUGUAAAAUUGCAACUUUUAAAAAUUAGCCAAAAAUUAAUCAUAGGGACAAUGUUUUAUUUAUUGAUCAGAUUAAAGCAAUUGGUUUCAGCCAUCUCUCUGUGUUCCCUGCUUUCUGUGCACAGGCAAAGCAGGGUAAAGUGGCUGGUAAUUGAUUUUUUGCAAAGGAUCCAAGCAUCUGACUGGCAUCAGUUUUCUGAGGUGAAGACUGAAAUUUUUGAAGAAAGCUAGAAUCUUUUGUUUAAUCAAAGUUAAUUAUUGUUUAAUCAAAACCUGCCUUGAAAAAAAAAGUUGGUGAGAUUUUUUUAGUAGCCUUCUUUCUUUUCUUUUUCCAGCUUCUCAAUCUUUAUCUGUCUCAUUUUAAGUGUCUGUUAUAUUGAAUGGUUGUAGAAUAUGAUCUCUUUUUAGCUUGAUGUUUGCAAAAAAGAUAACCUCAUGGUGUAUUUUGUAUCAUUGUACAUGGGAAGAGGAAACCCUUACAUAUUUAACUUUCUAAUGGACCUACCCUUUGUCGUCUGUAAUUUGGGCUAGUUCUCAACAUCGGGCAUAUAGUUGUUGGUUUUUUUUUAAAAAAUAUUUGGAAUAUCCAUUAAAAUAAAAUUGAUUCAAACAAGCUUAAUAGCCUUUCAAAAAAGUCUCUGAGGGAGCAUUUCCAGAGGAUCGACUUAGCAAGGAUCCCUUCUGUCCUGUGGUGCAAUCUGCAUGCAUCUGGAACUUUACUCUUAGUUCUCUUUCCAUUUAGCUUCCACAGCUGAAUACAUGUGAAUAUAUUUUGCUGUGCGACAACAGAACAUUAACAUGAGCCCCAGAUGGGAAACAUUCCUAUGUUGUGUGUCACCUUUAUUGUCCUGAUUAUUAAAGGGUUAAAAGACAGUGCCCUGCUUCUUAGAAAGGUGGGGGAAAAAAACAGAAAAAAAACAUGUAAGGAAGCAGCAUGUGUUCUCUUUGUGGAAGGACCAUGCUCUGCACAACUGUAUGCCUGGAGGAACCACGGGCAGAUCCUUUUCGGUGGUGGGAGAGUCCCCCCUCAUGUUCCCUUACCUGUAAGUGCAGUGGUGAAGACUCAUGUUAGCUGUAACUGUCCAGGUAAUAUAAGGUGCCCUUUGCACUGUGUAAGCUGACUGUGGUUAAAGCCUUUCCCAGCAGUGUCCAGUGCGAUGUGCCAUGAGUAAAUUCUUGGGCUAAGCUACUGAAUUGAUACUGCAUUGAACACUUUCUUUUCUUUUCUUUUUUCCUUCCUGUGAGGCCAAGUGCAGCUUGUACCUUUAGCUAAUUUGGCUCUUUGAGAGAUUUAUCUGCAAGGUCUGGUCACUAGCACUGUUGGCUAAGUGACCACAGUGGUAGCUUUUUAAACCAAAAUGGUUUCUAUGUGAAUUCACUGAGAAACCUCCCUCAUUACCAGACAAUUUGCCUGUGACAAACACUUGCAGGAAGGGCUUCAAAGGCAUCGGCUGAUAUAUUUAUACUGACAUUGAUUUAGUCAUUGAUUGACUCUACCACUUAAUCACCAAACUGACAUAGUGUGUUUCAGAGCACUGGCUGGAUGAGACCAUGAGAUCUGCUGAAUGUGCAGGGGAGAACGGAUGAUAAUUUUCUGUGAUGCCCCAGCUCUGCCAGCGCGUUUCUGCCUGUGGGCGGUGUUGCUACCAGAUGCUGGAGAACUGGUUCCACAGCCUCUUGAAAUGGUUCCUUCCACCUUCCUGGGGCUGAGUUCUGCCCUGUAGCCUACUCCCUUAACCCUUCUGAUUCCCUGAUUUAAAGUACUUGUGUGGGUGAUGUUAGGAUCCCUGUGACUUUAAUGGGGGUUGGCUAAAUGGCUGAAGUGAAUUGCUUUGUUUGAGAAGAGAGUGGGGUUCAUUUUCACCAGAAGUGAAGUUUUCUGAAUGCUUUCUGGGGUUGUUGCAGUAGUGUCUCUUGCAAGCAAGUCUUUUUUUGCUUUAUGCUCAGGUGACCCUUUUAACUAGCUAGUUCUGAUUUGUAUUUUGAUGUUUACUUCCACACCAGCAAAACAACAGCAGCAGCAAUGACAACAGAAAACCACAGCAUCCAUCUAGUACUAGAACUGCCUGGGUUCUGUAAAGGUUUUCAGAUUCUGGAAAGUGGUUACCUCAUCUGCAAAUGAUGAGGACAUCACAAAAGGUGUCAGUAGCAGGAUGCCCUGGAGAAGUUGCCCCUAACUGCAGAAUGCUGAGCUGGGAGGUGAGGGAGGAGCUGGUGAGUAGGGCACAGGCUGAAACGGGAACAUAAGUAGUCCCUGCGAGCAGAUUGCAGGUUCUGCUACAGCUCUUAACCAUUCUCCUUGAGCAAAUGCAGAGCUAUGUCCUGGAGCAGCACUCGGAGAAUUGCAUCAACAGCAUGAGAAACAGCAUGUAAAAAUAUAGUGAUUUCACCUUACUGGCUAACGGGUGCUACACAGGCAAGCGUGGGACUCUGGAUGGUGCAGCCUGUAGAGGGGUUUGCUCUGGGGUGCUCCGCAAGAGUAAACAAACCCGGGUGCACCGCGGCCGGCGCGCCACCACACUGUGGGGUUGCUGUAGCCUGGGGGCACGCCUUCUAAUGACCCCAUGACUGACAAGUCCAGACAAAGGCGAAAUCACACUGCAGACCCACACCAUAGACAUCUUGAUGCUGUGGAGCUAUUCCCCACAGAACCACCCCCUAAUGAGCGUGUUGUUAUCUGCUGGGCAGUGCUGUGGGCUGAGCACGAGGUCCACUGCUGAUGUACAUGCUGUUACUGACUAGAGCUGUGUCGCCUUGGUAUGGCUGUGGGCUGGCAUUGUUCUGACUGGGUAUAAAAAGGCAGUAAGCCACAUAUGCUUGUGUGGACUCGGACCCAUGGUGAGCUGGCCUGCGGACUCGAGGACCCACCCAUCAGAAGGGAUGCCCCUGAUGUCAACAGCGUGGUGAGGAGGAACUGGGGAAAACUAUACUGGAGGGGUGGCCCAUAAGGGGCGAGAGUGGUUGCUAUACUGUGCACCCAUUGCUUGAGAAUCCAGGGAAAACUAUACCAGAAGAGUGGCCCUGGAGGAAAGGGCGAGAGAGGUUGUUGUACUGUGCACCCAUGAUUGAACUGUAGAGCUCUGAUAUGUAUAUAUUUUCAGUACUGUCAUAUUUCUAGCUUUGCUAUACUGUUAGCUUUGUUAUAACCUCUUAGCUCUAAUAAAUUCUCACACUUGACAAAUUAUGAUCUCUUGAGUUCAGUACAACUAACCUUGGGAUCCGAAAGAAUCCCAGACACCCCUCUAGUGGCGUGUCACACUGGAACGAGGGUGAAGAGAAGGCGGUAGCAGCCAGAGCUGUUCCCUGCAAGGAGCAGAAAGAAAUAAGUAGUGUUAUGGGAAGAGGAAGUCAAACCUGUUUUGGAGGAGAAGAGGUGUUUUAUCUCCAGCUACCUUUGUGAGCUGACAGCAGUGUCAUCUUCCAGGCAACAGAAUUUUUAUUCCCCUUUUCUGUCUCCUUGCUUCCUCCUCCCAGCUUCUUCAUUGAUCCUCCUUCUCUAUUCUCUCUCUCUUUCAUAGCCUUUUUAACCACAGUAAGUAAACAAGCUACUCAUUUCAGAAGUAUGUUGGGCCCUACUCAGAGGCCCAAAGUCCAUCCACAUCCCUGUUAGGCACUCAGUUAGGUGCUUCUGGAGGCCUAACACCAACAAAUUGAAAAUGCUAGGCACAGGAAAGUUUGUUAGGCCCUGUAGCUAUGGCCCUCAAUUCCUUUGAAGUACUGGAGCCCUUUUCAGAUGGUCUGGAUCCCAUUGACUCUGCUCUAUCAGAUGCUCAGCUUAUAAUUAAAUUCUCUGCAUCCAGUGGUUACAGAAUGAGAAAUAACCAGAUUAAUUUGCAGCAGAAGAUUUAGGUACUAUAUUCUGGGCUAGAGGAGCUCUCAUUCCUUCCAGCCCUCUAUUUCUAUUACACUCCCUACCUUGGGCCACCUUCACCACAGGAGAAGCAAGUAUGAAGUUGAAGGCUGCUUCAUGUUUGGGCAUUGUCAGUGUUCAACACCCUGGCAGGGAUGCAGGGCUCAACUGACUGAGGAGCAAAAACCCUCUAUAGUGAGAUAAUGCACAAGAAUGCAAAGGUCAACUGGUGAUGACAAUUUGUGUGUGUGUGGGGGGGGGUUCCCCCCUCAUUUUUCAGGAGCUGUAUGUUAUAUUAAGCUCAAGUUAUCCUUUAUUUCCAGUACUUUUUAGAUUAACUUCUAGAGUUCCUAGAAAUUAUGCCCGUCUGCUUUGCCUUCUGAUGGGAAGGGAAGAUUCUCAACAAAAAUAUUGCUGAUUCCUUACUCCCCUGGCUCAACAGAAGAUUCUUAAGUGUUACUUGCAGCCAUGAGAAGUAAGUGGAACCGAAAGAGUCACCGAUAAUGAAAGUUUAAGAAGAUGAAUUUCAAGCAAAGGUGGAGAAUAAUGAGAAAGCUGUAGACAGUUGGGGAGAUUCUGAGAAGAGUGAACAGCUUGACCAACGAGAUAAGGAGGACCUGGAACCAUUAGGUGGUGGUGACAUUCACAGAGAUGGCUGGGUAUUUCACUUGAAGAAUAACAACCUCUAUGGGAUGAAGGACAGCCAGGCUUUUAUGAGAAUAUCUGACACCUUGAACGUCAUCAGGCACUGUGCAGUUACCAGUUUGCCCUCUGGCUUGAGGACUCCAAGAAUCCAGUAAAACAUCCGCAAAGGUUCCUCACACCUUCACCUUGAUCCCCACUUGAGAACAGGGCCUGGCAAAUAUCUGUCAGUGAUAGUGCUUGCUCUAACAAUAGUGUCUUGGUCAGACAGGCCCCAUGCUAUUCUUUAAAGCCUGCCUUCUUCACGCUUCCCAUUUUGACAAUCCGCAAUCACACAGCCCUAGUGUAAAGCACACCUGCCCUCAAACAAGCACAACACAGUUGUGUUCUUAGGGGUUAAAUAUUAACCAGCAACAGCUCAAAUAGGAUUUGGAAUUAUUAUUUCAGUAAAUGUAUAAAUACUAAAGGGAAUUUCCAGGGGAGGAGGUAUAGUCGUACAGCUUUUCUUUGGCCCCUCCUAAAUUGCAGAGAAGCUGCAGCACAACAACAGGCAGGAGCACAUGCGCCUGUGCACUUACGUGGUGUGCUGACCUUGCCUUCCUCCUCUGCCUUUCUCAAGCACAUGGCCCAUCACAGGGACAGUGCUGGGUAAGGGAUCUCAAGCUAUGAUUAGCCUGAUUGAUAACAAUAUGGUAUAUGGUUAUCAUAAAGAUUGUACUCAUCCUUCUGAGCUCUCAGGAGUGGAAAACACCCGAGCCGUGUGGCUGUUGUAGUUCUAGCUUGACACCUCUGUGAUGGAAACGCUUUAACCAGCUCUGUGGUCUAGUUUGCCCUAUAUCGUUAGAGGUGCCUAAUAUAUACUGUUUCUUGAAAACGUGUGUGAUAAAGAAUGCCUGCUGCUGCAGUCAGACUCUUCUCAGCAGAAGGCAGCCCUAUAAUGACUUGUUGCUGACCUUUGAUUCGAAUAGCAAUAUUUAGCAAGCAAAUAUUUAAGAACAUGUCAUUAAACAGGGAGGCACGGCUUUACCGUGGGGAACUCUAGCAAGGAGUGCUGCUGAGAUAGGCCCACACUAUGCAAAGGAAGGGACAAACAGCCUUCUUCCCCUCCUCUCCCUCUCCGGCAGAGCAGCCAGCCGUGACCAUGUACCCAUGCGCUGUUGUCUCAGCCUCCCCUGGAAGGGGGAGACGGUUAGACUCCAGCAAGGCAAAUGCUGCUCUGCCAAGCAAGGCCCCUCACCAGCAUGGCAGAGGUUUUAAAACCGUGGAGGGCUGGCUGUAGCUGUUUCACUGCCACAGGCAAAAUAACUGUGGCCAUCCCCCCACGUUCAUAUUGCCUGCUGCUCCGAUAAGGCAAAGGGUGUGUGACAGGGAGGCUGCCUUUCCAACCUGGCUGCCCACAGCGACUGCCCAGUGUGACUAGAGCACAGGCUGGCUCUGGGGAACUCUCCCUAACCAUUAGUGGCUGGGAGCUACAUGCUGACGAGUCUUCAAGAAAUUAAUUAGUCUGGGUCAGGUGCAGCCAUAGGUCAAGAGGAUAUUUUCCCCUCUAGAGUGGCCCAGAAUUAGCUCAGCUGGUCAGUUUAUAAUUAGAUACGUGCAUCUAACAGUGUAUUUUCUGUUGGAUUUUUAUAGUUUUGUCUCUUAUUUUUUAAAAGUGGAAAAUAAUCAGUCUUAAAAUAAAAAAAAAAAACUGAAAGGAAUUAUCUAUAAAAAGAGAAAAUCUUUGCCAGGUCGUCACCACAGCAGAAAACCUAAGCCACAGAAAGCACAGGGCAGGCUUCCCUUUUCCGAAGCUACUCAGAGGUUAACCAGGGUCUGUAAGCAAACAGCUUAGAGAAGGAGCCCAGCUUAGUGCCUGGGUGUCUAAGGCUGUCCCAGGGACUGCCAGCCUAAUGCCCUUCCAGCAGCCCCUCCCAAAGGCAAUGAUAUGCAAAUAGAGGCAGCCCUCCACCUCUCAGGCACAGACAGGAGCCCAUUGGGAGGAAGGACUGGGCCUUGACUCGGUCUCAGAGAGAUCACAGAGGAGGGUGUUUCACAUUUAUGCACACACUCACACGUAUAUAUAAACCCUGGAGCAACAGUGCAGGAAGAUUGUUAAGUACACCCACACGUUGGUUCACUUGGCAGUGUGGCUCAGUGAAGCACUGGUGGGAGACCUGGCUGCUAAAACACAGCGUGCGGGAGAGCGUGUGUACGGGAGAGAUCUUCGCAUGGACUCACGCCCGCUGCUGCUGCUGCUGCUGCUGCUGCAGGCAGUUUGGAAUGGUGCUCUGGGAAAAUCCCAUUCAUUGCACACCCGAGCAAUCAUUGAAUUGGUGGAAGUCAUAUCAUGUGGCACGGGACGGUCUCCUUUAGCAUAUGUUGCCUAUGGAUGCUACUGUGGCCUGGGAGGACAAGGCUGGCCUAAAGAUAAAACAGACUGGUGCUGUCACAGGCAUGACUGCUGCUACGACAAGGCAGAGAGGGAAGGCUGCAACCCCAAGGCGCAGCCCUACCAGUGGGCAUGUGAGCAGAAUACUGUGCAGUGCGAUAACCUGACAGACCGAUGUGAAAAAAUGGUGUGUCUGUGUGACCAAGAAGCAGCCAAGUGCUGGAGAGCAGCCCCUUACAACCCACUCUUCACCUUCUGGCCAGACUUUUUAUGUGGACGGACUCAUCCUACCUGUCAUUUUGGAUAUGGAGGACCAGAAUAGUCUUUUUAGGACCUUUUUUUCUAACACUUUUAAUUAGAAGACUUUGGAAUAAAAUUAUUCCUCCUUUACCAGA